AUGAACAUUGUAUCCAAUCUACCGAUGGCUAUGGGAACCGAUGAACAGCAGGUCAUACAUCCUUUCUUCCGACAAGAAUUUGGAGUCUCCGCCAAAUCUACCCCCAUUGAUAACACCGUCACGGAAGUGAAUACCCACGCAAAUAAGCCUCCAUCGAUAAGCAGCCAAAGUUCUGUCUCUGAGCAGGAGACCGAGGACCGGGAAAGUUGGAAUAACAUAAAAUUCAAAAACAAAACCGCGAGCUCGGUGGAUGUUGAGGAAGACCCCAACGAAAGCCGGAGAAAGAGGCGAAGAACGGAUAAACCCCAAACAGCCGAGGCCACCACCAUUUCAGGUGCAGGUCUCACAGGAUGGCUCGGCGUGACCACACCCGCGCCUUCGUCAGUCGAUACUCUUGAGCCUGAAACCGAUUUGUCUCUAUCUCGCCCUCAAGCUCCGCCGGCGGAGGCUCAACAACCUGCGAAGGACAUCCAACCAUCGACACUGGUCGAUAAUGAGAUACCAAAGGGUCGGGUUGGGCGCACUUCCGCAAGACAAAAGACUUUGCGGUUGAAUUCUAAAGGGGGUUUCUUGUCAUCUCCUGCCACCAGCCCCCCUCCAGAUACAAACAAAAACGCGACAGGGAAGCGCCGGAGGCCGCGAAAGGGCGAGCAAAAGAUUGUUAAGAUCAAGUAUAGUGUUGGCACAGAAAGGGAUCUGGGGAAAUUGAUUAAUGACAUCCUCGAUGGGCAAGUGGUUCAUAGACCCGCUCCCACUGUGUCCUCCUCUCAGCCACGCAAGACGAAAAGCCAAGCUCGAAAGCCCACGCACCCAUUUUUCAAUAAAAAAUCGUCAGAAAAGCCUGGAUCUACCGUUCCUAUUGAGUCUCAAUCAGAAUCCGCAGGUACGAGUUCGAGUGUGCCUCUAAGCGAAACUAUUGCCGGGGCCUCGGACAAAAAGCGGAUUGUAGCGGCCUCGGGAACUUCGUUUAUUAGGCCUGCCCGUCGAGUCCCCAAGUUCCUCGAAUUGAUCGAUCCUAUCUGGCCACCGCGAGAUCUUGUGCAUGUCAGAGAUGUUCACCCGCCUCCAAAUAUUGACGAUCGUGCCUGGCACAUUCCCCAAGAUCGAAAGAAGUCGAAGAUCGCAGCUAUCUCUGUCAGAGAUGAAGAAAAUGUACUUCUAGCUGGGACAGCCGAAGCAAGAAGGAUUGCUUGCUUGCCUAAAAAUGAAUAUGAUGGCCCAGCUGUUCUCCGACAUCCCGCGCGACAUGUCGCCAGCAGCCAAGUCCUGCAGACAGCAAUGGAAAGACAAAUGUCAUGGUCUUCACCAAACCGCCAAUUUCCUUGGAACUCGUCUAGCCCAGCCCUUGCCAGACUUCGGUCGGCCCUACUCACGUCAGUUUCGGCGUUCGAUUGCGGAACGUACGAACCACAACUUUGGACGCAGAAGUAUGCCCCUCAGUCAGCUGAACAUGUUCUUCAGCUUGGUCGUGAACCCCAAGUCCUUCGUGACUGGCUACGGCAUCUCAAGAUUACAGCUGUGGACACGGGCAAAGCCUCGAAAGAAACGGCGAAAUCAAAAUCAAAACGAGAGAAAAAAGCGAAGAAGCGCCAAAAAUUAGACAAACUUGAUGGCUUCAUUGUAUCAAGCGGAGAUGAGGCGUCUGAAAUGGACAAUCUCUCUGGCUCAGAUGAUGAAUUAGCGGGUGGGGUGACGACAACACCGCAUAGGACAGUCGUCAGGUCAGGAGAUAUGGCACACGGAGUGGAAAAGAGUCCAAUGGCCAAUGCGAUUCUUCUGAGUGGCCCGGCGGGCUGCGGUAAAACCGCUUCCGUUUACGCCGUUGCAAAGGAGCUCGAUUUUGAAGUCUUCGAGAUCAACCCCGGAAGCCGACGAAGUGCCCGAGACAUGCUGGAGCGAGUCGGAGAUAUGACACAAAACCAUCUUGUCCAUCUUCUCAAUGAAUCCGAAAAUCCAACAGACAAUGGCAAGGAUCCUGCCAAGCAAAACAAGCUGAUGAGCUUUUUCAAAGGCUCAGCCUCAAAAGCUAGCAAGCCGGUCUCAGGGUCUGGCGAAUCAAGCCCUAAGCCAGACACUGUACCCAAACGACCUCGGGAGCAAAAACAGUCAUUAAUUUUGCUUGAAGAAGCUGAUCUCCUCUUUGAUGAAGAUCGCCAGUUCUGGACAGGCGUCUUGACUCUCAUCAGCCAAUCCAGACGACCGAUUAUCAUCACCUGCAACGAUGAGAGUUUAAUCCCGACCCAGGACAUGUCUCUUCACGCUAUACUACGGUUUCACAAGCCUGCUCCCGACUUUGGUGUCGAUUACCUGCUUCUGGUUGCCGCUAACGAGGGGCACAUGUUAAAGAGGGAAGCCGUCACCCGACUUUAUCAAGGAUCUGGAAUGGACCUUCGAAAGUCACUGAUGGAUCUGAACUUUUGGUGUCAGAUGGGUGUCGGCAGCGCGAAAGCAGGCUUGGAUUGGCUGCUUCCCAAUUGGCCACCAGGAUCAAACGUGGACCAUGAUGGGGAUCGGCUUCGAGUCCUGAGCCUCAACACAUAUGAUCGAUAUAUGGGCUGGCUCAACCGUGAUAUGCUGCUCGCUCAGGGCUCAUUGGAUGAAGAGACGGAAUUAAUUCGCAACACCUUCCAAUGGUGGGGCCUCGGUUUGCAAGAUUCUGAAGAUAUGGCCGGGAAGAGCGAAGUCGAACUUCUUCCAUCUGAACAAUUCCAGUCUAUUCCCAGGACAACAAAACUUGACAUGCUGUCUCGGGAGGCGGAUUAUUAUGAUAUGAGAAGUUCCCUCGAUAUCCUUGGUCUCAAUCUGUCCAUGGACACGAACAAAGACCCCGUUGAUAUCUCCGCACCACCACCCCCAGAAGGAUACAAAUCCAAUUAUCUUGACAGCUACCCCCUCCUGCACACAGAUCUGCGAAUCGAGUAUUCAGGCCUCAGUGAAUCCAUCGGCGCCACCUUCGAUGCAUUGAUAAGCCGAAAUUUCCGCCCCUCAACCACCGAGGACCUCGAAUCCGUGUAUGCAAACCGCGCUCUGAGUAAAACCAUUACCUCCGCAUAUCCUCCGCAAACUCCCCCAUCCACUGUAUUCCAAUUCCAGCGCAUCUUUGAACCCAUCAUGCGCGCAAACUACUCAAAUCCCACCCCAACUGCUCGACAUGCUCCCUCAUUCGAGAACGGAAUCGCACCGAUUACUGAAGACCUGGCCCCGUACAUCCGUGGCAUCAUGGUCUUCGAUGGCCGCCUACACCAAUACCGCGAGAGCUUGUUCGCGCUCACGGCGCAGGAACACGGGCGCGGCGAGAAGCGAUCACGCACAACGCGCGCGAGUCGCGCAGCCCUCGAAGGAGGCGAUAAAGCCUCAACGCGCAAAGAGAGAUGGUUCGCUCUUGAUACGCCUUACUACAAGGUGCAGAACACUGCAGGGCCGGAUUGGCAGCAGGUUUUGUUCCAGAUGGGGUACUUCCAUGUCCAACCUAUGGUUGAGGCAUUUGUCCCGGGAAGUGACCAAGUUCCAGGCGACAGACCUGUGUGA